AUGAGGGCAAUGUCUGUUCUAGCCGCCAAUGACACCCUGCCGGUCAAUGGUACGGAACCGGAACCGCCAUACGAUCUCAACCCACCAGGGAAUGGUACCCUAGCACCCCCCAUCCCGCCGGGCCCGCCCCCGGAGAUCUUCCCCCCGCAGCCCGACGCGGGGCCUGGCGGCAGUACCUACAGAGAUUCGGCCCACUUCCGGCUCUUCUACAACGCCAGCAGGAGCCCGAUCUCCGCCGUUGACGAGGCCCUCAGGACGCUAGAGGGUACCUUUGACUGCCUCAUCGGCGACCAUGGCUGGCGCUCCACGGGCUUGUCGUACUACCUGAACCGGGGUUACCCGGGCCAGGAGCGGUUCAGCAAUUACUAUAAGACUAACAUCGACGCGGUGCCAAAGAUCGGCGACGGCCGGGUCGCAGGCGUGAUGAACGUGGCGAGAGAGCACGGCGCCUCCUGGAUCCAGGUCGAGGACACCUACCUGAACGAUGCAUUCCUCCUGAGCCACGAGUACGGUCACGCGCUGCACUUCCACCAGCGGGCAUGGGAGCAGGAACAGAACGCCAGGUCCUGGUGGGAGACGGUCGCCAACUGGGUCGCGGACAUGUACGUCAUGUCGCCGCUGUGCGAGGCCGCCAGGGCGAGGCACAACCAGAGCGGGCGGGAUUGGUUCACAAACAUAGAGCUGGGAAGGGUCGUGGGCGAGUCGUACCGGGUCAUCGUCGACGCUACCCCCGACGGCACACAGAACUACUACCAGGCCUGGCCUUUCUUCACAUACCUUACCAACAACCCGGAUCACAUUCCCGGCUUGGGCACCGACGCCAUGAGGCAACUGAUGGUGCAGUAUCCGGAAAACGCCAACGAGACCCCUCUGCACACACUGCAGCGCGUCCUCGACAGUGCCCCGGACAGCAACAACAUCACCGUCGGCGAAGUCUUCGGCCGCUACUGGACCCGCAUGGCGCACGUCGACAUCGGCCACGCACAGGCGAGCCAGGCCUGGCUCAGCCAGCGCUGGUGGAUGACGUUCGACAACAUCGAGCGGACCGGGUCGGCCACCGGCGUCAACGGAACCGUCGUCAACACUUAUAAGCCCAAAGACGGCCGCUCGGCGCGGUACAUGGGCGCCAACCUCAUCCAUCUCGUCACGCGCGGAACAGUUGGGUCGAAGGAGGUCACGGUCCGCGUCAAGAUCAACACCACCUACUCGAGCGGUUCCUACACGGCCGCCAUGGCUGUCCGCAAUAUCUACGACGGAACGGUCCGCUACGUCGAGCUCGUCGACGGGGCCGGGUCCGUGACGGCCAAGAUCACCGAUGAGGAGGUUGCUCUGGUCGUGGCAAACACACCCCGGAAGCUGAUUAUGUACGACGGCUACCAGGUGAGGGGCCACCACGUAGAUGUGGGGAUGGAGUUUUCCUUCGAGCUGACUGGCGCGACUGUCGUGAGCCCAUAUUGGGGAGAGAGCGAGUAG